CCUGCAGCGGUGCUGGGAAAGCACCCGAGUGUUGCUGUAAGCUGGAAUCGCACUGGGAAGAGUCAGGAGCAGGCAGGGCAGAGUGGGGCUGUGCCUGACACCCCUCCUUGGCAGCGGGUGAAAUUCCUGGGGAUGUCCGCUCCGUGUCCCCCCUCCUGGCCUUGUACCAUGACUGUUCCUUGGGACAGAAACAGGUUCCCUGCACUGAAUCAUCUCCUUUUAGCUGUCUUGUGUGAGCCUGUGCUGUGUCAUCUCUCCCCGCUCUUUAUUUAAUAGAGCGCAGGCUGCCAAGACAGAGCUGAAAUGAAGCUGCUCGCUCCUGCCUGGUGCUGAGGAGCAGGAGCUGUGAUUUCUUCUCGGUGUUUGUGUGCUAUUUCCAGCAUAUUGUCGCCCCUGUCCCUGCCUCUCCUGUGAUGCCUGUCCCCGGAGAAAUGGGAAUCGUUACCGCUCUGGCUGUGUGUCAGGCUGGUUUCAGCUCAGCUUUGCAGCCCCUUUUCUCGUGUUGGUUGGCACGCGGCAGGACUGCCCUGUGCUUAUCUGCCCUGACAUUUAGGAUCGGUGUCUGCAUGAGCUUCUGAGGCAGAUCUGGAACUGCAGGAUUAAUGGAGACGCAAUGAAAGCGUAGCCAGCCCCAUCCCGUGGGCAGGGACCGAUGCUGCCUCGCCCCACCAGCCACCAUGGAGCUUGCUAAUACCAAAGAUUUCCAGUGGAAAACCCUCGCCCCGCUCCCGAGCCGCAGGGUCUACUCAACCUUGGUGGAAGCUGGCGGGCAGGUGUUUGCCAUCGGGGGCUGCGAUGACAACGGGGUCCCCAUGGACUGCUUUGAGGUGUACUCCCCCGAGGCCGACCAGUGGACCUCGCUGCCGCCCAUGCCCACGGCCCGGGCGGGGGUGGCGGUGGCUACUUUGGGCAAGCGGAUCAUGGUGAUAGGAGGGGUCGGAGUGAAUCAGAUGCCGCUGAAGAUAGUGGAGAUGUACAACGUAGAUGAGGGCAAGUGGAAGAAGAGGAACUCGCUGAGAGAGGCAGCCAUGGGCAUCUCAGUGACGGCAAAAGACUACAGAGUCUAUGCGGCUGGUGGGAUGGGAUCCGACCUGCGGCCGCACAACUACCUGCAGCACUACGACAUGCUCAAGGACAUCUGGGUGUCGCUGGCGGCCAUGCCCACACCCAGGUACGCCGCCACAUCCUUCCUGCGAGGCACCAAGAUCUACGUGCUGGGUGGAAGGCAGUCCAAGUACGCUAUCAAUGCCUUUGAGGUCUUUGACACGGAGACCAGGUCAUGGACCAAGUUUCCCAACAUCCCCAACAAAAGAGCCUUCUCCAGCUUCGUGCCCACAGAAGACAAGCUCUUCAGUCUCGGGGGUCUGCGGCAGGGACGGCUCUACCGGCAGCCCAAGUUCAUGAGGACCGUGGACAUGUUUGACAUGGAACAAGGUGGCUGGUUGAAGACGGAGCGUUCCUUCUACCUGAAGAAAAGGCGAGCAGACUUUGUGGCUGGCUACCUGAAAGGCAGAGUUGUCGUGGCUGGGGGACUAGGGAACCAGCCGACCGUCCUGGAGUCCGCAGAGGCCUUCCACCCUGAGAAGAACAAGUGGGAGAGCCUGCCGCCCAUGCCCACCCCACGCUGCGCCUGCUCCAGCAUCGUGGUGCGGAACUGCCUGCUGGCUGUCGGCGGGGUGAGCCAGGGCCUGAGCAGUGCCGUGGAGGCACUGUGCCUCUCCGAUUCCUAGCUGGCUCCUGCCUGGAGGAGGACCCUGCCCCUCGCUGCCUCCAGCAGUGCUGGUGGUGGUGCUGGGCACCUCCUGGCAGUGCUGAGGCUGGGUGAGCACCACCGGAGCUGCCCUGGGAUCCCUGCAGCUCGGCUCUGCUUGCUGGUAGCUGAACGCAGCCUUGCUCGGGAGCUGUGGCUGGCAGGAGCCUGCAGCCAGGGCUGCUGUUCCUCUCCCUCUUGGGCACUGCUGCUCCAGCCCGUGGAGGGAAGGAGCACUUUGGCCGGGGGUCCCUUCUGAUCAUCUUCAAUGCUCUGUGGGAAACCCAGAUGAAGGAACUGCUUGCAGCGCUGGUGUGCCACAUCUCCUGCUAGCGGGAAGGACUCUGGAGAUCAGGGAUGGGCAAGCACCUCUCUGCAGCCAUCCUGACCCUCUACCAAAGGUGGUAGGACUAUCCAGACAGGUCAGUGGUGGUUCAGGGAGAACUGUUGUGAUGUUGCCCUCUUCGAGCACCCUGGAAUCUAUGUGUGCUUCCCUGCACAGAUCCCCUUGGUUUGCAAUAAGGAAAACUCCUAACCUGCAGCCAUAUCCAGGGGAUUGUUCUUUUGCCUUCAUAGCAAGGCUGUUCCUGCAAACCUGUAGCAUUUGACUGUCGCUUUGGCAGAAGCUGGAGCGAGGGGCUGCCAAUGCUCCUGGGAGGGAUGAAUGCCCAAAAGACUGUUUUAGCUAGAGGGAAGACCUUACUUCUGGCACAGGACUAGCACAGAUACUGUCUUUGCUGGCUUCACGCAGAGAUGGCCUCAACCUACAAUGUCCUAACCUGUUUCUUUAGCUCCUUUAGUGACUUGGGAUCUUCUGUUCAGCCCUGGGAGAAAGGAGCAAAACUGAGCCCUGCCUCUUAUUCUGAGUGCUCUCACCGCGGGACCGGGCAGUGGCGUGGGCAGUGGUUUCGCUGGCAGCAAAGCCAUCGCUGCCUCGUUCUUCCCAGGCGGGUUGCGGGAGGGCUGUCCGAACUGUCGGGUUACAAUUCUAGCUUGUAGCAGUUGCACCAUUAAAAGCUGUCUUCAGCAGAGCCCUC